AUGCUUCUCCAAUUCUUUCAGACAUACAAGAUUCCAAUACUCCAAGCCGCACUAUCGAUCUUACUUUCAUUGCUUCUCACAUUCCUUAAAGUUCCAAUCUUUUUCCUACAUGGCCUUUUCACUUAUAUCCAACCAGAAAAUCUUGGCCAACAAAAUGGUGGUGGUAGUGGCAUCAAAGCGGCUAUUAGAAGACCAUCUAGUUCAGAUUCAAGUUCUGGGCUUGAUGGGUAUAAAAAUUUGUCUUCGAAAACUAAUAAUGCUGAAGUCAAAAGGAGAAAUUUUAAAUCCAAAGAGAAGUUUGAGUUUGAUGAAAAUAAAGCUCAGAUCUUCAGAUUGAAGCUUGAUCAAGAUCACCUUCAAACUAGACUCUAUUUCGUACUUCGGUGGGGGCCCUGGGGGAAAGAUUAUGGGGUUUUGGUUAAUGGGUCUUUGAUUCCUGUGAUUUUAGCAUGUUUUGUAUUGUGUAAAGUGUUUGUUUCGUUAGCGAAAGUUUCUUUUGAGAAAUCUGCAUCUAAGAGGUCUGAGAAGCAAUUGAGUUUGAUUUUUGGUGUUUUGGGGUUUGUUUUUGGGCUUGUAAUUUGCUCUGGGAUUGCAAGUUCUGUUUUUGACUUUGAUUUUGGUUCUGUUGAUGGGUUUGGGAGGGUUUUUGUUGCUGUUGUAAUGGGGUGUUUUGCGGGGUUUUUGUACAUGCCUGGUGGCAAGAAUGCAAGGUCAUUUUGGAUUGGAACGGAUCAGAUUCGAUCUAAUUUGGCAAUGAUUUAUUGUGGAUGGUUUGGUAGAAUGAUUUUGUAUGCCAAUUAUUUGUUGGGGUUUUUCACGGCACUGCUUUGGAUUAAUCCAUUCGCUCAAGUUCUUUAUAGCAAGAACGUAAAUUAUAGUUAUGGAAUGCAUUCGAAUGGUAGUAUUGGAGAAGCUGAGAUGUUAGUUGGGAACGUGGGAUUUACAGAAUCAGAUUUCAAUAAGUUUAGGCUCUGGUGCUUGCUGCUUUCGGGGAUCUUCCAAAUUUUGGCUCUGAGGCCAAAUGUGCAAAUGCAUUUGAAUGAAGCUUUGUUGUCUUGGUACCAAAGGUUACAUGCUAGCAAAGUUCCGGAUUUGGAUUUUAGUAGAGCCAAAGUUUUUCUGCACAAUCACUACUUAUGUCUUGUAGUUUUGCAGUUUUUAGCCACACCAAUACUGAUACUUCUGUUCUUUAGCUUAUCUCAGAUUGAUGGUGACUCAUUUAAGAAAUUCCAUUUGUGGUGUGGUUUCAUACCUUGCACUGCUUUUGUCAAGGAAGUUACUUUGUUUAUGGCUUGGUGGAUUGUCUUUGUCUGGGCAGCUUUCACUUCAGCAAGCCUUUUCUUUUACCGUCGUGGCACUUUGUAUGUUUCUUGA